UUCUUGAGCGCGUGCACGUAUGCAUGCCUGGAUGUGUGAGUGCGCGCGCUCGGGGCGUUUGCGUUGCUGCUGCUGAAAGCCUCCCUCUCUCUCCCUCUCUCUCAUCUUCCUCCCUGCUGCUUCUCCUCCGCUUCAGUUUCAGUAUCGACCUCCUUCGCGCAGCAUCUCUGCUCUUCAUCCUCCGUCUCCAUCCUCCUCCUCCUCCCCCUCUUCUUCCUCCUCCGCCUCAGCACCGCUUCCUCUGCAGGUGGAUGGAGGCUGGGAGCCCCGGAGACAGAAGCCAUGGCCGGGAUGCGCUGCCGUCACACUGCUGAGCACCUCCCUUCGCGCCGGGGACCACAUCCUUAAAUGACCCGCGGCUGAGGAGAGGGGGGUGUCUCCGGAUCCAGCGCCCGGAUCAUGGCAUGCUGCCCACACCGGGCAUCCAGCACUGACCAUGGGGCUCCGGUCCAGGACCGUCGUUAGCGGCUCGGACGAGCAGAAGAAGCCCUCCGGCGCUCCGCCCGGGGACUUACUGGACCAAAGCACCACAGGAGCGGACAAGGAUGGCGCCCUGCUGUUGGUGGCUCCGGGCCGGGAUGACUACAAGCGGAGCUCCCAGGGCAUCGGCAUUGGGCUGCUGGCCAAGACCCCCCUGAACUACGCCCGGCCGGCCAAGAGGAAUAACAUCCGCAAGAGGAAGAUCCAGAACCUGAUCUACGACGCGCUGGAGAGGCCGAGAGGAUGGGCGCUGCUCUACCACGCGUUCGUGUUUUUAAUCGUUCUGGGCUGUUUGAUUCUGGCCAUACUGACCACAUUCAAGGAACACGAGAACGUGUCGGCACACUGGCUGGUCAUACUGGAGACGUUCGCCAUCUUCAUCUUUGGAGCCGAGUUUGCGCUGAGGAUCUGGGCGGCCGGUUGCUGCUGUCGCUAUAAAGGAUGGAGGGGCAGGCUGAAGUUCGCUCGCAAACCCCUGUGCAUUUUAGACAUCUUCGUGCUGAUUGCCUCGGUGCCGGUGGUGGCGGUGCGUAACCAGGGAAAUGUGCUGGCCACGUCCCUGCGCAGCCUGCGCUUCCUGCAGAUCCUGCGGAUGCUGCGCAUGGACCGGAGAGGAGGGACGUGGAAGCUACUGGGCUCCGCCAUCUACGCGCACAGUAAGGAGCUGAUCACAGCCUGGUACAUCGGCUUCCUGUCUCUCAUCCUGGCGUCCUUCCUUGUCUACCUGGUGGAAAAGGAUGACGCCUCUGUGAGCAUGUCUGACCAGGAGAACCCCACGGCCCAGCCCAAAGAGCAGGACUUUGACACCUACGCUGAUGCGCUUUGGUGGGGGCUGAUCACACUGACCACCAUCGGCUACGGGGACAAAACCCCAAAGACCUGGGCUGGGAGGCUGCUAGCCGGCACCUUCGCUCUGAUCGGAGUGUCCUUCUUCGCUUUGCCUGCAGGUAUUCUGGGCUCGGGCCUGGCUCUGAAGGUCCAGGAGCAGCACAGACAGAAGCACUUUGAGAAGCGCAGACAUCCGGCUGCAGGCCUCAUCCAGUCUGCCUGGAGAUAUUAUUCCACCAAUCCAAUCAGGGAAGACCUUAUUGCCACUUGGAGGUUUUACGAAACUGUCAUCUCUCUUCCCUGUUUCAGGAAGGACACCUUGGAGGUCAUGGCGAGCCAGAAACUAAGUUUACUCGAGCGUGUUCGCCUUCCUAAUUCAAGACCGUCUGUGGUGGCAGUAAAGAAGCUGACAGGAAACGCAGACUCCAUCGAGGAGAGUCCCUCCAAGGAGCCCAAACCUGGUGGCUUCACUAACCGGGAACGCUUCCGCACUGCCUUCCGAAUGAAGGCCAACACACUCCGCCAGAGCUCUGAAGAUGCCGGAGGUGUGGCAGAUCCAGCCUUAGAGGAACGGGGUUUCCCCCCUGACAUCCUCCUGGAAGAGAUGAUCCCCACACUGAAACUGGUCAUCAGGGCAGUCAGGAUCAUGCAAUUCCUCUUGAACAAGAAGCGGUUUAAGGAAACUCUGAGGCCUUAUGAUGUCAAAGAUGUUAUUGAGCAGUACUCUGCUGGACACCUGGACAUGCUCUGUAGAAUUAAAUACCUCCAGACGAGGAUUGACAUGAUUCUUGCCCCUGGACCUCCUCUCACCCCAAAACACAAGAAAACUCAGAAAACACCCUUUACUUACCCGCCCAACCAGUCACCCAGGCAUGAGUCCUACAUAGCCAAAGCCACAUCCAUGCCAGAUGCGGAAGACCAAAGCAUGAUGGGCAGAUUUGUCAGGGUGGAGAGACAGGUGGAGGACAUGGAAAAGAAGUUGGACUUCCUGGUGGACAUGCACAUCCAGCACACUGAGCACCUGCAGGUGGACUCUGCCGGCUCUGCCCGCAUGACCCUGGAGACCUGCAAUCCUACGGCAAACGGUGAGAUCAGACGGGUUUUCCUCAACUACGCCGAGGCGUUCCCACACAUGUACCAGGUGCCUGUCAGCAAGGCGAACCCCUAUUAUGGCCGUGGAAGAGGAGGCACAGAAGGGGUGGGGUUGGCAGGAGGAGUCGGCAUUGCCCCUUCGGUUCAUCAACCCCAACCCCCACCUUCAGCAAUCAUCCCCACUUACACCGAGCGUCCCACAGUGUUGCCCAUCAGCUCCCUGCAGGACUUGUCAGUGGGACUGGGUAGGACCACAGGGGGGCAAGGUGGUGACUCACCGCUCUCCAUGCUAUCGGUUAACCACGAGGAGCUGGAGCGCUCGCCCAGUGGAUUCAGCAUCUCUGGGGAGCGGGAAGGGGAGAACUUCUCAAUGGGGGCCGGUUUGGCGCCCGGGGACCCUGGCUGGACGAGACCCAGGCCGAGCUACCUGGCGGAGGGGGAGACGGACACAGACACAGACCCUUUCACACCAAGUGGGGGCCCCCUGCCUCUCUCCUCCACUGGUGAGGGAUUCGGCGACGCUGUGUGGACCAUGCCACCCUGAGAGGAAACAAAUUCGGCGCAGAUAUCCACCACUCUGAGUUAAGAUAUUAAAUUCAACCCAAGCCUCUAAACCCAAGCCCUGGGUCAAAGCCACCGCUGUGGACUGAACGUCUGGGGAGGUUAAGUUGGAUCUUAUCCGAGAUAAUCGACCUUCAGAGGCCACCGCAGAUCUCAUCAUGCCAUCCACGGUCCAGUCAGAGAGCCAUGGCACUGAGACUGCCCAGAAAAAAGAAAUAAAAAGGGAAACCACACCGUUUGUAAAGUAAAACUCUGUACAGCGCACUCUUCGCAAAAGUUUAGCUGACAUAAAAAAAGAACAAUAAUAUACAUACUAUAUACACCCAAAAGCUUUAUUGCUGCAAAGCCAACCGCACUGCAUGUAACGCAUGCGAUUUUUAGUGUAGUCACUGCAAAGUUCAGGAUAUCAGGAAAAGGAAAAAGAGAAUGAAUGGUUACGUAUACUUGCUAUGCCAUUUUGUAACACUUAUUUUUUUAUAUGAAUACAUUUUCAUUGUUUUUGCAUGGUUUGCAUGAUAAUGCACCACUGUAGGAGUUGACGAUUAGAAGGUGAUCCUGGAACCAAAAGUCUCCUGUCUUUAAUUGUUUGGUGUGUGUGUGUGUGUGUGUGUGUGUGUGUGUGUGUGUGUGUUAGAGAAGAGAGAGAGACUUUGGUAAUAAAACCAUGGCUAGUUUGCUGGCAGUCAUGUUUCACCGUUUCUACUUUUCUCAUGUUGCUCUGUAAGGUCUCUGAGGAUCAAUUCUGUCCAGAAACCAGAUUUGUUUUCUGGUCUCAGUGUUUUGUUUUCACGCCACUGUGCUCAAAUUGUGUGUCACCACUUUGUGUGAACUGACUAUCCACUUGAAAAUUUGACUGCGUUUGAAACACUAAAUCUGCUGCUUUGUUGGCACAUGAAUUCAGGGAUAUAAACCACCUGUGAAGUUCUGCUUCUGCUUGAUCAGUAUUCAGAGCGUAACUUCAAUGCAAAAAUAGUGGCUUAAAUUUCCAGCACUAAAAAGAUAAAAAAGAUUCCUACAUAAAGGGAGGCACAAUAUGUCUGUCCCAGUACUCACACUUGUGGUCUUGAAGUAACACAAUCUGUUCUUGAUGCACAUUUCUCCAAAGUUAAGUUUGUAAGUAUUUCUAAUAACUUUCUGUGCUCAGCUUUUCCAGGAAAAAAACAGCCUUUUUGGAGUAAUACUGCAUAAAUUCAGUUUUUAAGAACUUGGAUCGCCUGUAGUUUAAAACUUAUCAAAUGAGAAGAACUACUCAAAAUGAAGAUGAAUAGGCUCACUUGUGCAUUUACAUAAUUGACUUUUGAUUUUCUAAUGUGUCGUUAUUAAUAACUUUUUCAUUGUUAUCAAAAAAUUGAUCAAUGGUGGGCCCUUUGUUUGUUUCUGGGGAUUAGCCUAAUGUUGGCUAACACUAGGUUGCUAACACAGACAAAUUGCUAGCUAAAUAUUAUCUGGAGUGUAUAAGGUAAGCUCGUUCAGGAGGUAAACCUGGUGCUAGGUUGGCUACUCAUUUUAAAUUGCUUUGUAGCUGAUGCCAGAUUCAUGCAGUGUAGCUAAGUUAUAGUUAACCAGCUAUCCUUUAGCUUUCUUGCUAACAUUACUGUCAUAUUCUUCUUUGUGUGGUGGUGUAUAGCGUUUUGAUAAGGUACCGUCUCAAAUCGAUCAUUCCCAGUCAGACCAUUGGCAGAAAUUAUCUUUGAAUAUGACUAUGAUCGCUGCAUUGUAUGAACACUCAUAAGGAUAAAUUCUUGCACAGUUACGAUGACAAUUUAGCAGUAAACACCACUUAGCAAGCUAGCUAGUCCAGCUAUCUCCUGCUCAGACUGUGAGUCUGAGUUUCAGAAGAGCAUUGUUGGGUGGUCCAUCUCUUUUUUUACAAAGCCAGUGUGGCUACCAUUUAUUGCGAGAAGUGUCACAUGUUUCAAAUUCAGUUUUUUUCAUUGUUAUGGGUGUGGGCCUGCUGACUUUCAGCUCUCACAAUGCCAGGACAUUACAGAAGACACUGCAUGGGGAGAAUGAUCCCUUUUAUGUUCAAAUACUAAGCACUACUGUUUGAGUGAAAACUACUGUUAACUAAAUCAGUGAAGAAUAAAGGGGAUUCAGAGCAUCACAUUUUACGGGGAAUCACAAAAAAAACCCCCAAAAAAACAAACACAUUCCUACCGAGCAUCUAACACAGGAAUAAUCAAAGGUGAGAUCUGGUCUCAGUUUUAUUUAUAUAACACCAAUUUUGUUUGGUAAAAAAAAGGGUUUGAGACAUAGGUGCUGAGUGUUAGUGCAAGUUCACUAAGUAACUAGUAAAUGUGAUAUAAUGGCUUAUAAAUUAUAUCAGUUGAUUGAAUUCAAGACAAAAUUGAGUAGCACUUCAAAUUAAGCUCGUAUAGCUAAUAUUAACCUUCUACAGUACUAGAAAAGAGUGAUUAACGGCAAGGGAAGUUAACUAUAGCCACGCUGCAUGUGUCUGGCAUUUUAGCUUUGAUAUCAUUCUGUUCUCACAGUAAUACGAUGGGCUUGUAGCUGCAGUAGAUGACAUACAGUUCAUACAAUAGUGCAACAGAACAGUGAAGGACAGGCUCGCUGCUGUUUUGACCGAUGCCACAAACAGAAGCUAUAGCAUGCUAAAUACACUUCAUGGUUUUCUAGAUUUUACUCACUAAAAAAACUUUCUUUUUGUUUUUGGAUUGUCUUACUUCUAUUAGCUCCUCAGAUCAUAAUAGUAAGACCGGGUGGUUGGUUGGUGUACUUUCCCGUAAAUCAGCUGAGCCAUAUAUAGUAUUUGCAGGAGCGAUGGUGUACUUGUGUAUCUAAGAUCCAACAAUACUGGAAAUUCACCAAAUAAAUGUGCAUUAGGAUACUCGUGAUGACGUGUGGUUACUGGGACAGUCUUCAGAUUCCUUUUUAAAAUGUUCACUCUUAUUUUAAAGUUGCUUUAAAAAAA